AUGUCAAAGGACUACCUCACCCCCUCAACAUUACCUCAGCCAAAGUUGAAAAGAACAAACACUGGAUUUACACCAAAUCAGAUCAUUGCACUAGAUGCAGCAAUCCCAGAGUCAGCUAAACACAUUUGGUUCAAAUACUCUCAAUUGGAUUUGUUAGAGAAGAAAUCCAGAGGUGCCAACCAUGAACCAAAUAUCCACAAUAUUGUGGAUAACCCACAGAAGUUUGAAGAAGAGUUUGUCAGACACGUUGAAACAAACCUAGGACGAUCAAUGUACAAUUGUGACGAUUUGGCUGCUUACCAAGCUGCUGCAAAAACAGUGAGAGACGCAUUGAUCAUUGAUUGGGCAAACACUCAACAAAGGCAAACCAUCCAGGAUGGGAAAAGAGUUUACUACUUGUCGUUGGAAUUUCUUAUGGGCAGAGCCAUGGACAAUGCAUUGAUAAACUUGAAAUGCGAGAAGAAUACAAGAAACUCACUAAACGAGUUGGGUUUCAACUUGGAAGAUGUCUUGAACCAAGAACCAGAUGCCGCAUUGGGUAAUGGUGGCUUGGGUAGAUUGGCAGCAUGUUUUGUUGACUCCCUUUCCUCAAAAAACUACUCUGGUUGGGGCUAUGGCUUGAACUACCAAUAUGGUAUCUUUAAGCAAAAAAUUAUCGAUGGUUACCAAAUUGAAACACCAGACUAUUGGUUGAAAUACACAAACCCAUGGGUAUUAGACAGACACGAGAUUCAAAUCCCCGUGGACUUUUACGGUUAUGUUUACGAGGAAAGUGACCCAAACACUGGUAAAAUUUCCAAAAACUGGAGCGGUGGUGAGCGGGUCUUGGCUGUUGCUGCUGAUUUCCCCAUUCCUGGAUACAACACCAACAACACCAACAAUUUGAGAUUAUGGAAUGCCAAGCCAACAAAUGAAUUUGACUUUACAAAAUUCAAUGCUGGCGACUACCAACUGUCGGUUGCCUCGCAACAAAAGGCGGAAUCUAUUACCGCUGUGUUGUACCCAAAUGACAAUUUUGAAGAGGGCAAGGAAUUGAGAUUGAAGCAACAAUACUUUUGGGUUGCAGCAUCUCUACACGAUAUCGUGCGACGCUUCAAAAAAAACCAUCAUCUGAACUGGCAAAAGUUUCCCGAACAAAUUGCCAUCCAGUUGAAUGAUACACACCCCACAUUGGCCAUUGUUGAGUUGCAAAGAAUCUUGGUUGAUUUGGAGGGUCUCGAUUGGGAUGAAGCAUGGUCCAUAGUGACUAAGGUUUUUGCGUACACCAAUCACACCGUUAUGGUUGAAGCAUUGGAGAAAUGGCCUGUGGGCUUAGUGGGAAGAUUAUUACCAAGACACUUGGAAAUCAUUUACGAUAUAAAUUACUUUUUUCUCAAGCAGGUGGAAAAAAACUUUCCAGAUCAACGUGACUUGCAAAGCAAAGUAUCAAUCAUCGAAGAGGGAAACCCCAAGUCGGUGCGUAUGGCAUAUUUGGCAAUUGUGGGGUCACACAAGGUGAAUGGAGUUGCUGAGUUGCACUCUGAGCUUAUAAAGACUACUAUUUUCAAGGACUUUGUCAAGGUGUUUGGUCCCGAUAAGUUUACCAACGUGACCAAUGGUAUUACACCAAGGCGUUGGUUGAGACAAGCUAACCCCAAGUUGGCUGCAUUGAUUGCUAAAAAAUUGAAUGACCCAAACUAUGAGUACUUGACCAACUUGGGAAGAUUGAAAGAUUUGGAACGCUUCAUUGACGACGAGAAGUUCCUCAAGGAAUGGGACGCUAUCAAAUUUGACAAUAAGCGCAGAUUGGCGUUAUUAAUCAAGGAAGAGACCGGCGUUGAAGUUGACCCAACUGUACUCUUUGAUGUUCAAGUAAAGAGAAUACACGAGUACAAGAGACAACAAAUGAAUAUAUUUGCCGUGAUCUAUAGAUACUUGCACAUUAAAGAGCUUCAAUCCAAGGGUGUUUCCAUUGAUGAAAUUAAAGAAAAAUAUUACAUCUCGAAAGCGUCAAUCUUUGGAGGCAAGGCAGCCCCAGGUUACUACAUGGCCAAGACCAUUAUACAUUUGAUCAAUAAGGUUGGUGAAGUUGUUAAUAACGAUACAAGCAUUGAUAAUCUUCUUAAAGUUGUGUUUAUUCCCGACUACAAUGUGUCCAAGGCUGAAAUCAUUUGUCCUGGCUCCGAUUUGUCAAACCAUAUCUCUACUGCGGGAACAGAGGCUUCGGGUACUUCCAACAUGAAGUUUGCUCUAAAUGGUGGUUUAAUUAUUGGCACAGUUGAUGGGGCUAAUGUUGAAAUCACUCGUGAGAUUGGUGAGGAUAAUAUAUUCCUCUUUGGUAACCUUGCAGAGUCAGUCGAAGAUAUCAGGCACAAGCAUUUUGUCGAGGGUGUUCACAUCCCCAGAACGCUUCAGCGUGUUUUUGACGCAAUCCAACUGGGUCAAUUUGGUAAUCCCGAUGAGUUUAAAACAUUAAUAGAGAGCAUUAGGGAUCAUGGAGAUCAUUAUUUGGUCUCGGACGAUUUUGAUUUGUUCCUUGAUGCACACAAGAAAUUGGAAAAAGUGUUUGGCCACCAUGGUGGUGACGCAGACGACAAGGACCACUUGAAGAGAUGGGUGCGUAAAAGUGUUUGGAGCACUGCCAAUAUGGGUUUCUUUAGUAGUGAUCGUUGCAUUGAUGAAUAUGCCGAGGAUAUAUGGAACGUCGAGCCAUCAAAUAUUUAG